AUGAGGUACUUUCAUCAGUUAAUUGGAUUACUUUUGUUUGGAUUGUUAAUACAAAAUGGAUUAGCUGAUAUCUCAUUAACGUUACGCGGUGGUAAAGGAAAAAAUUUUGCAAAUAGUCAACGAGAGUAUUUACCACCAUCUGCGCAGGAAGUGUCAAUUAAUCAAAAUUACGAUAACACUAAUUUUGGUCAUUCACAAUAUCAGGUGUUUGAAGUACACAAUCAUUAUACGGGAUCAUCAGGUGAAAGUAACAAUGACUUAGGUUCACGUGAAUAUUUACCACCAGCUCAAGAGAUACACAUACAACAUAUACAUCAAGGUGAUCAUUUAGCUGAUGAUCAUUUAGCUGAUGAUCAUUUAGAUGUUUCAUUUUUGGGCUUGGCUGCAGGUCAAGUGACGGAUGGCGAACAAAUAACGAUUAUAGAAAAUACACCUGAUAUUCACCACGAAGCACCAGUUUUAGCUUCCAUACCAGUUUCAAGUCAAGUUUCAGUUUCAGCUCCAGUUGCCUCACCAGCGCCAGUAUCGCUUCCGGAACCGAAUAUACCAGUACCAUUUCCCUCAAAUUAUAAACAUGAUUUUCAAAAGAAUGAAAAUGAAGCUAAUAAUUUGAAUGUGGAAGAAACUUAUGAAGAAGCAGGCUACUUGCCUCCCUAUCAGGGCACAUCAGUGAAUGCACAGGUGCAUAACGAAAAUUACAAUCAAGGUGGUGAUCAUUUUCAAGCACCAGAUUAUUUGCCACCACAUCAAGAGCAAGCAGUGCAUCAGCAACAAGGACGAGUACAACAACAUCAUCACGAGCAGAUAGUGAGUAGCCAGCAAGCAUCAGGUUAUUUACCACCACAUCAGGAACAAGUAGUACACCAGCAAUUACAUCAACAGCACACAGUGAGCAGCCAGCAAACACCAGGUUAUUUGGCACCAUAUCAGGAGAAAGUAGUACAUCACCAUCAUCAUCAUCAACAUCAACACCAACAACAAAACCAAGUUCAACACCAACAUCAUGAGCACAUAGUAUCUUCCCAGCAAACACCGGGUUAUUUACCACCGCAUCAAGAACAAGUAGUACAUCAACAAAACCAACAACAAAGUCAAGUUCAAACUCAUCAACAUGAUCAGCAUGCAGUGGUUACACAGCAAACACAUUUCAAAGCUCCUGACUAUUUACCGCCUAAUAAAGAAUCGUCCAUAGUAGGCGUUCAACAACAUGCACAUGCACCACAAGCCGUUGUAGGCCAACCAACUGCACAGGCAUAUAGAGCGCCUGGAUAUUUACCACCACAUACAGCGAUUGCUCAACAGCAAUUAUCACAUGGUCAACAACAAAACUAUCAGCAACAAGUGCAACAUACAGUACAACAUCAACAAAAUAUUGCUUCAGCUCAUUUUAAAGGACCCAGCUAUUUGCCUCCACAUACAGAACAUGUUCAACAUCAACAGCAUAAUCACGUCUCAUCAAUACAAAAUAUCGCACAGGUGAAUACUGCUUAUCGUGCUCCUGAUUACUUGCCACCACAUGUAUCAACAACGAGUGCAUCACAACAAAAUUACAAUGGUGAGCAACGUACUCAACACAGUGUUGCUCCAGCAACAACAGCUUCAGGGUAUUUGCCUCCUGGUUAUGAUUUCGAUAAUCCCGAACAGAAACAAAUACAAAAUAUACAACAACAGGCCAUUUCAUCGCAUGCCUCAACUCAGUUUGCUGAAGCACCUGCAGCACCACCAGCUACACUACCACUAGGUUAUGAUUUUGUGAAACCAAAUAAUGCUGAAGCUGCUAUUGCAGAGUUGCACACUCUACCAGAUGAACAUGAGCCAGAACAGAACGUACAGAACCAUGUUCAACCACAAGCUCACUAUUCAAGCACUCUACAACAUCAGCAACAACGCGCUGUUGGAGUUAGUACGUCGGCAUAUCAAGCAAAUGGUUAUUUGCCACCACAUACCAAUUCUGGAGCUGCAGUUUCAACUGCCUCAACACAAUCCGCGUAUCAAAGUCCGGCGGUAUCAGUACAACAACCUUCACUAUACAAUGUGCGCAACAUUUUUAAUAAUUUGGUAAGUGCGCAACAGCAAAGACAAGUGCAACCACCACAAUACAAAUUGCAGACACAACAACAUAUAUCGACUACAGUCUCAGGUCGACGCUUCAAAGGUCCAGAUUAUUUGCCACCUUAUAAAAACUCACCGCCAGCAUCAGUAUCGGCAGUUCCAGCUUCCAAUUCACAAAUACAUAGCUUGAGCAGUUAUAUGAUAGCUGUGCAACCUUACCAACGAUAUGGUGCUGCUCAGUUCACACAACCCAGAAUGCCUUUUGCUAAAUAUGGACCACCGACUUCUUUGCAAGUACAACAGCCCAUAGAAGUAGCACCCAUGUAUCGUGAGCCCACAACACGCCCACAAUAUUAUGCGCCUUCAAUGUCAUAUGCAACUAACACAGUAGCUCAAACGCAUCAAUCUGUUAGCCAAAUUGCUAACCAGCAACUUAAUAAUAGAGCACAACAAUCUUUACGACAGUUGAUGCCAUAUGAUGUACGCCAACAUUCUUCUGCAGCUGCUGUCUCAAGGCCAUUGGUACAAAAAACAGUUUUGUUGCCAGUUAAAUCUGCGUCCGUCUCACAACACGGAAGAGGUAAAGUCCGUACAGUACAGAUUCUUAAUUCCAGUCAAGUAAAAACAUUGAAGGUACUUGAAACUUCAGAUAAUGCGGGAGUAAAAACCAUUAAAAUUCUUGGGGUCAGCAAGGAAACACCUAUGGGUGAUCACCGCAUUGUAAAAGUAGUCAGCAAAAGCUCACACAAUGGUGCCGAAAAUCAUAUACAGACAGUUAAAAUUUUUAACGAUCAGAAGGAUGUAAGCUUGCAAGAAGCAAAUGUUCCAACAAGAGCUAAUAACGCCUACUUGCCGCCAAGAAGGCCACGCUCAACCCGUCUUCGACCUGCUGGCGGUAAAGUUCAUUUCCGUAAUUAA